AUUUUUGUUCAAAAUACUAUUUAACCCGUUAAUUUAAUUCAUGACUGUGUUAACAAUUUGUUGAAAUCAGAUCUGGACGUGUCAAUUAUGGUUUGGAUUUGUCAUUUAUAAUGAUAGAUAUUUAGAGCUGAAAAUCGGAUAUCUGGCCCAUUAUCAAGCAAUGUUUCCUUGUAAAUCAAAAAUGCUCACAAUCACUCAGAAUCAGGUUUUAUAUGUGAUUUAAUUAAUUUGAAGAGUGAGACACUUUAAAUCAAAGGUUUGAGCAAUCAACUGAUAGGUGGAAAGACAUACUAUUGAAAGUAUAAAAAAGAUAUGAUAUCGAUUCAGGUAAUCAAUUGCCAUUGAUCCUCUCUCUUCAAAUAAAGAUUAUCGCUUUCCAACUUGACCUAUUCAAUCAUCUUCAGCUGAUUCUAAAGUUAACUGUUUCUCUUGUUUAUCUGUCUUUUAAUUAACCAUUGUUAGUCAAAUUUAUUUGUCUCGUUGUAACAGAGAUGACUUUAGUUCGUUUUAUUAAAAAUUCUCGUAAUAAUGACACCUUAAUAGCUGGUGAUUUUAUUUUUCGACGCAACAAAUGCAGAGAUGAAAAGGUUUACUGGAAAUGUAGGAAAGCCAACUGUCCUGCAAAAAUAACUACCCAUAAUGGUAAAGUGAUGGGCCAUUUCUUGAGACAUAAUCAUGAUGACACUAAUCAAGAGGAGAUUACUCGUUUAGAAGGGCUGUCACCACCAACAAAUUAUCAACAAAUAGCCCAAGAUGAUGAAGUUAGUCAACAAGUGUUAGUCAAUCCUGCAGAACCUUUCGCUGAGUAUUCUUUUAAUAGCUCUGGAAGUAGUUACAUGGAAACAUCAGCUGAAGAACCCACGUUACAAUGUGAUCAUAAUCAACUAGAACCAAGUACGAGUAAAAUCCAAACGAAUUCACCAUCUACCUCAUCGUCUCUCCAAUCAGCGGUUAAGGAAAUCAGUGAAUCACAGAAAAAAAUUGAAGAAUUAGUAAACAAUCUUAUAAGUUCGACCGAAAGUGAUUCUCUUCAGACGGAAAAUUUGAGAUUAAAAGUUGAAUUGGAACAAGUUGUUCGAGAUUGGUCUACCGAGAUGGAGGCAAAGGAGUUACGGUUACAAGAGGAAACAAGGAAAGCUGAGCAAGUUCAAAAAUUUUUAGAAAUGCAAUUAAACGCUGAAAGAGAGGAAAAGCAAAAAUUGGAGCUUGAGAACGAACAAUUGAAACAAUUAAUUCAACAGUACGAGAUUCAAAAUAAAGAAGAUGAGGAACAAACUUACACUUUAGAAGAAGUAACUGAUCAACUAUGUCACUCCGAUGAUGUUUAGUUAAACAAUAUUUAUCUGAAUCUGUCCCGGUUUUUUUAUACCAAGAUGUAUCAACAAUUCUUGAAUUCAACCAUUCAACCAUCUUAAAUAGUCUUUUUCUUUAUCUCAUCUCCAGAACAAAUACAAUUCUGUAUUCUCAGCGGAAACCAAAGACAAUUUACAUAUACUCAUCAUUUCAAGAAUCUCAUGACCAUCACCUUGUUAUACUUUCUGUUCUUGCUCUUCAGACUUACGAUUUUUUGUCGUUGAAUUAUUCCAUGGAAACAACCACACUUUUUUUCUACUCAGUGAUAGUGCAAUUCGAAUUAUAAUCAAAUUGAUAGUAUUAUAUUGACUGAAUCAAAUAGGAACAACUUGGUGUAAUUAAUAGAACACAAAUGCUUGACUUGUUUUUUUUUAAUUUUAUAUUUCUUUUAUUGUCAACAAAUUAUGGAAGAUGAAGAUGGAGGAAUCAAAAAUGCCAUUAGAUGCUUAUUAAGAUGUCAUGAAUGAUAAUAGAAGGAUAAUGAAAUAAAAUAUCUACUUUUGUUCGAA